GAGAGAGAGAACGCACGCACGCAAACCAUAUGCACCUGCUCUGACGCCCUAACUCUCACGUUAUUAUUCUUGAGAGGGACUGUUGUCAGGAUUGUAGUGCAUCUUUAACGAGAGGCGUAGCUAUUCGCUUGUGCUCCCUGGAGGGCAAAUGUCCGCUUCCUGCUAUGAAAAACAUCGAACUUGUGACCUAAUAGCAUCAAAUGUGGGCUGCAGAACAGAAAAGCAAGCAAGGAGUCAUGGAAUUCUGUGUAUAUGAAAACGCAAUUUAAAGCAUCGGUUGUGCUGAAAAUAUCCGUAUGCACAAGUCGGGAAACUGAAUGACAGAAGGUAUUUUUCUUCUACAUCUGAAACACCUCCAGUAUGUCGGAGAGAGGGAGUCUCCCGCGGACUGGGGGCACACCAUCUCCACAAAUGCAGCUGUCUAAGACCGUAACUAUCUCCCCGAACCGUCCGGUUCAAAUGAACCUGUAUGCAACCUGGGAAAUUGAUCGCUCAUCUCCAAGCUGUGUGCCCAGGCUCUUCACUGUUACCCUGAAGAAGCUGGUGAUGCUUCAGGAGCUGGACAGAGACCUAACCUCUGUUGUCAUCGCAGUCAAACUCCAGGGAUCAAAGCGCAUUUUACGUUCCAAUGAGAUCCUAUUGUCAUCGGCUGGAAUUACUGAGACUGAACUUCAGCUGACGUUCUCCUUGCAAUAUCCACAUUUUUUGAAGCGAGAUGCCAACAGACUGCAGAUCAUGCUGCAGAGGAGGAAGAGGUACAAGAACCGUACUAUCCUGGGGUUUAAGACCCUGGCACUGGGCCUCAUCAACAUGGCAGAGGUGAUGCAGCAUCCCAGUGAGGGAGCCCGUGUGUUGGCUCUCCACACCACAGUGAAGGACACGGCUGUGACUGUGGCUGAGAUGAGGGUCUACUCUCUCUCCAGCCAGCCCAUCGACCACGAGGUGUCCAAGGCCAAACUUUCAGACCGCUCCCCUGACAUUGACAACUACUCUGAGGAAGAGGAGGAGAGCUAUUCAUCAGAGCAGGACGGGAGUGAUGACCCUGCUGACAUCCAGUAUCUGUUCGACGAAGAAGAUGACAUGAGGAAGAAGAAGCACAGACGCAAACUCACCUCUGCAGCCUCCAUCACCAGAGGUCAUCCCAACAUCAAGCAGAAGUUUGUGGCCUUGUUGAAGAGGUUUAAGGUGUCUGAUGAAGUGGACUUUGGCCUGAAGCACGUGUCCCAGGAGCACAUCCGUGAUGUGGAGGAGGAUCUGGAUGAGCUCUAUGACAGUCUGGAGAUGUACAACCCCAGUGAUAGUGGCCCAGAGAUGGAGGAGACGGACAGCAUCCUCAGCACACCCAAACCCAAGCUCAGGCCCUUCUUUGAGGGCAUAUCCCAGUCCAGCUCGCAGACCGAGUUUGGCAGUCUGAACAGCAGGUGCAGUCUACCCAGAGACACUCUGAGCCCACAAGGAGAGCAGCCCCAAUCAGGCAAGAUGAAACGCACUCGCUCCCGCAACCUGGAUGACUCUGAGACAGACACCCAGGAGCUGACUGAUUCGGAGGGGUUACUGGACACAACUGUCUGCAUCACCGUCUCUGUCGCAGGGCAGCUACCCAGGACCCCAAUGAGGGAACUGAGGAGUAGCAAGAGUGAGAACCACACCACCAUGCCUCACACCACCAUGCCCUCCCCCAGGUUGGAUGGCGAGAACAGACCCAAGCAGAGACGUGGGACACCAAUGAAGGAGAGGCGAGCGCUGUCCAAACCACUGAGCGAACGCACCAACAGCUCUGACAGCGAGAGGUCACCAGAGCUCAGCCACACCCCACAGGUGCCCAGGAAGGCUGUGUAUGACCAGCUGAAUCAGAUCUUCUCCUCAGACACUACCCUCCCAGACAGCCUGGUCCUGGUCAACACCAGUGAUUGGCAGGGACAGUAUGUGUCCGAGGUGCUGCUGGCCCAGAAGCAGCCAGUAGUGUGUACCUGCUGUGGGGUGGAGAUUCAGGCUGUCCUCACCACCCUCCUCACACGCAUCCAGAAGUUCUGUAACUGUAACUCGUCCGCGCCGCGGCCGGUCAAGGUGGUGGUGGCAGGGGGACAGAGCUACCUGGGGGCCAUCCUACACUUCUUUGUCACUCAGCUGGCCAACAAAACAUCCGAUUGGCUCAGCCUCAUCCACUUCCUGGUGGUCCCCCUGGGCUGUCACCCCGUAGCCAAGCACCUGGCCUCCCUGGACCCUCGCUACAGCUCUGUGUUCCUGGACAAUGCCUGGAAAGAUCUGUUCAGCCGCCUGGAGCCCCCUCACUCCACUGCAGACGGAGUGGACGUGGCAGGGAGGAUCAGACGGUACAUCAGCAGCGUCUCUGUCACACACCAGCUGCCUAUCGCUGAGGCCAUGCUCACCUGCAAGUACAAGAGAUAUGACGAAGACUCUUACCAGAAGUUUGUUCCUUUCGUUGGGAUGGUGAAAGUAGGGUUGAUUGAACCGAAUCUGGCGUAUUCAGGUGGAGACACUGAGGAGGCUGUUAGUGUUAGCUUGGCUAUUCCCUCCACCUCCCCACCCUCUCAUGGAUCUCCCACAGGGAUGACCAGAGAGGCUGUCACCCCACCCCCGUCUCCCUCCCUGAGCAGCGGACUGGGGAGCCCUAAUAUGUCCCAUGGGGUGGACACCAUUGGGCUGACGGUGGAUUACUGGGUAGCAACAUGCUCAGAGCGGAAGAAGGAUGGAGAGAGGUGUGACAAGGGCUCCAAGAACACUCUGAAGAGUGCCUUCCGUUCCCUGCAGGUCAGCAGGCUUCCAGGAGGGGGCUCCACUGAGAACCAGCCCCAGGCCAACACCAUGGCCAUGACUGUGGUCACCAAGGAGAAGAACAAGAAAGUCUCCACUAUAUUCCUGGGCAAGAAGCCCAAAGAGAGGGAUGUAGACUGUAAAAGCCAGGUGGUUGAGGGCAUCACCAGACUCAUCUGUUCUACCAAGCAGCAGCAGACCAGCCUAAAAGUGUCUGUUGACGGCGUGGAGUGGACUGAUGUCAAGUUCUUCCAGCUGGCUGCCCAGUGGCCCACCCAUGUGAAGUACCUGCCAGUGGGGCUGUUUGGCUACAACAAGACCUCCACCUAGAGGCAAACCCAGACAAGACCUCCACCUAGAGGCCAGCCCAGACAAGACCUCCACCUAGAGGCCAAUCCAGACAAGACCUCCACCUAGAGGCCAACCCAGACAAGACCUCCACCUAGAGGCCAACCCAGACAAGACCUCCACCUAGAGGCCAACCCAGACAAGACCUCCACCUAGAGGCCAACCCAGACAAGUCCUCCACCUAGAGGCCAACCCAGACAAGACCUCCACCUAGAGGCCAGCCCAGACAAGACCUCCACCUAGAGGCCAACCCAGACAAGUCCUCCACCUAGAGGCCAACCCAGACAAGACCUCCACCUAGAGGCCAACCCAGACAAGUCCUCCACCUAGAGGCCAACCCAGACAUGGCCACUCACUCUGAGCUUCCUGGGCGUCAUAUUAUCAGCUGUCUAAACUGGAGGGCACUGGACAGAAAGCCAUUGACUAAGGAUUAUUGUUACAUGACUAAGGAUUAUUGUUACAUGACUAAGGAGAGUUGUUACAUGACUAAGGAGAGUUGUUACAUGACUAAGGAGAGUUGUUACAUGACUAAGGAGAGUUGUUACAUGACUAAGGAGAGUUGUUACAUGACUAAGGAGAGUUGUUACAUGACUAAGGAGAGUUGUUACAUGACUAAGGAGAGUUGUUACAUGACUAAGGAGAGUUGUUACAUGACUAAGGAGAGUUGUUACAUGAUGACAUGGAUUAACACCACUAAGAAGAGGCCAUAAUCUCAGUUAUUUAUUCUGAGAGAUUUGAUGCUGGAGUUUCUCUUCCUCUUGCCAUCAUCCUAUUUUCUAACGUGUGUUCAAGAUACAAUAUAACGAGUUGGCUUGUUUGAGAUGUUUUUUUCCUCUUUCAUAUGCUUUGGCACUUUGUAUUGGGUUUCCUUCAGUGGAUUGACAACAUUAACUGCUGCUGUUCUUGUGGCUGUGUUGGAGUGUUUUUGUACUUUAUCUCAAGCAGAGUGUCAAGUGAAGCACAUUUCAUAUAACAAUAACAAAAGUUAUUUAUAGAAAUACUUUGUAAUAAUUGGACCUGUUUUCAGAAAGCCUUACUUUCUACAUUGAUUCAUUAUUUUUCUGUGAGUUGGUUACUUUUGUGUGUGUGUGUGUGUGUGUGUGUGUGUGUGUGUGUGUGUGUGUGUGUGUGUGUGUGUGUGUGUGUGUGUGUGUGUGUGUGUGUGUGUGUGUGUGUGUGUGUGUGUGGCACAAGCGUGUGUGUGAGAACCCCAAAUGCUUGUGAAUUUGUGUGCAUAUAGACAUGGGUUGUCAUAGAAAUAAACACUUAAAACACUACAGAAAUCAACACAGAUUUGCAGAAUUGUCUACAUCAAAGCUUGUGGUGGUCAAACAUGUAUGUUUAUAUGGUACAUGUACUAUAGUUUGAGCACUGCAGAUGCCCUUUUGUCACAAUGAUAUGCUUGAAAUGGAGCUUUGGUGUCAUCCAUCAUUAUGAGGUCAUCUUUCAAAAAUAUUGACAUGUCCUUUUAAACUGAAUAAAUAAAUGAUCACGACUUACACUU